AUGAGCUACUACGGCAGCUACUACGGAGGCCGCGGCUACGGCUGGGGCGGCUUUGGUGGCCUGGGCUAUGGCUAUGGCUCCGGCUGGGGCUGGGGCGGCCUUGGUGGCCUGGGCUGUGGCUAUGGCUACAGGAGCUACGGCUGCUGGCGAUCUCGUCUUGAACAGAAACACACUCCCCCUGACACGAUGAGCUACUACGGCAGCUACUACGGAGGCCGCGGCUACGGCUGGGGCGGCUUUGGUGGCCUGGGCUAUGGCUAUGGCUCCGGCUGGGGCUGGGGCGGCCUUGGUGGCCUGGGCUGUGGCUAUGGCUACAGGAGCUACGGCUGCUGGCGAUCUCGUCUUGAACAGAAACACACUCCCCCUGACACGAUGAGCUACUACGGCAGCUACUACGGAGGCCGCGGCUACGGCUGGAGCGGCCUGGGUGGCCUGGGCUAUGGCUAUGGCUCCGGCUGGGGCUGGGGCGGCCUUGGUGGCCUGGGCUGUGGCUAUGGCUACAGGAGCUACGGCUGCUGGCGUCCGUGCUGCUGUGGGGGAUACGGAUACUCUGGCUUCUACUGA